AGUUAAAAACAUCAACAUCCGGGUGGCCCCUGCUUGUCCGGUUGUUAGUUGAGCGGCUAAUGCUAGUCGAACGGUGCCCCCAAAUCUACUGUACACCAACAAAUGGCGUCUCAGCUUCCUAUUAAGAUAAAGAGCCAGUCGGUGGUCGCCGGCUCCGCCGCUCUACGAGGCAAGAAACGUCCUGGUGUUACCGGUUAUCCGGCCGGGUUUGCCGUCCAACCACCCGGCGGCGGCAUCAAGAAGAAAAAAGCUCCGGUGGUGUUAACACAAUUUACACAAAAUCAGAUGUCGAAGGUAGAAGGUGUUACCGAGAUGAAGGCGGUCGGAUUGGCGGAGAGUGCCCCAAUAACAAGCACCACCUCCGGCACGGAAUGCAUUGCCAAGCCACCGCCGUUCAAAGACCCUUCAUUUAUGCACUCUGGGAUUGGAGGAGCGGCAGCAGGCAAAAAAAACAGAACCUGGAAGAACCUCAAACAAAUUCUGGUUUUAGAACGGAGUCUACCCUGGAAGCUGGACGAUCCAAACUACUACAACAUUGAUGCUCCUCCCUCUCUGAAACCAUCCAAAAAAUACUCUGACAUCUCUGGACUACCUGCAAAUUACACAGACCCGCAGACCAAACUCCGCUUCACAUCCACGGAGGAGUUCUCCUACAUCCGCCUCCUCCCCACCGAUGUGGUGACGGGCUACCUGGCCCUGCGGAAGGCAACCUGCGUCGUACCCUGACUCCCGAGUCACAAGUCCAAAUUGGACAGCUUUGGAAAUUGCAAGGCGGCUGGGAAACUAUUAUUAUCUAUAUAUAUAUAUAUAUAUAUAUAUAUAUUUUAAAGCACAUUUUUCUGUUUACCUGAUGUAAUGUGGGUUAGUUAUGGUGGUUACGAUUGACUACAGUCCAAUGGAGUGCGCCCACUGGUCGAUCAGUAUAGCAGCCUGAAAUUGGUUGAAAUAUAUUUUCUAUGAAAACCUGUAAAUGGAAUUAAAUCUCUGUUGUUACUUUUACACCUGUUACCGAUUUUUGAUAUAUAUGUAUAUAGUUCACAUCCAUGCAUAUAAUGCAAAUAAAGCCC